UCACUUCCGCGGUCUGCUUCGCGGUGACGUUUUUGCGUCAUUCUAUAAAACACGAAAGGCAGGAUUUGUGGAGCAGUUCAAAUGUGCAAAUUGAAAAAAAUCACUGCGUUGUUUUUCAUAACAUGAAGAAAGUAGAUCUAAAACGAAACAUGAAGACAUUUUUUGCGUAAUUCCAAGACGGGAUUUUAUAACACGCCUCAUCGAGGGAUCUUUAGAGGAUUAUCGGCUACAGUUACAGCAUCAAGAUGCCAGUGGACAGGAUGAGAAUGCGCCCCUGGUUGGAGCAACAGAUAGAGAGUGGACAAAUUCAAGGGUUACACUGGGUCAACGAGGAGAAAAAGAUAUUUCAGAUACCAUGGAUGCAUGCAGCCAGACAUGGAUGGGAUUUAGAAAAGGAUGCACCUUUAUUCAUGAACUGGGCCAUUCAUACAGGAAAGUAUCGUCCAGGCAUUGACAAACCAGACCCUAAGACAUGGAAGGCGAAUUUCCGCUGUGCUAUGAAUUCUCUACCAGACAUUGAGGAAGUGAAAGAUAAAAGCAUGAAGAGAGGAAGCAAUGCCUUCAGAAUGUACAGAAUGCUUUCCACACAUGAAAAAGCUGUUAAGAAAGGGAAGAAGAAGAUGGACCUGGAGCAAAGAACAAAAAGGGUUUUUCAGAAACGGAAAGCUGGCAUUCCCAGAAGAUUUAAAAUGACAAAAGAACAAAGUGAAGAGAACUUAAUGGAGGAAACUACACCGGACAGCACUGUAACUGAGCAGGAGAGCUCCCCUGUGCCCACGUCAUGUGUGAGGGAGAUGGCCGUAGCUGAAUUACCAGAUGUGUGUGCAGUUGUUGAGGUGGGAACAGAGAAUGAAGAACCUGUGUUUAGCUCCACUGAAGUGUGUCUGCCUCUUCAGGACUCCCAUGUUUCAUCCUACAGUGAAAGUGACACAGAGAGCACAUACAGCGAGGAAGACUUGGUACAGCUUCCCCAGGACUUGUCUUUAAAUGCUUCACAAAGAUCAGCAUGUAAUUCGGUGUUAAGGAUCCCAUCCUCAGCUCAAUCCUCACCGAACACACUUUUCAACUCAACAAAAAUCAAUUUCAAAGUAACCAGCUGCCGAGAGGACUCUCCUCUGUUUGCAUACAACACUCCUCCAUGGUUUCCCUGCCGGUUUAAUUUCCAAAAAGCCACAGACGCGCAAGCCUCGAGCCCCGCCCCCUCACCAGAUCUCACCAGCAGCCCGUCUUCUCAGGCAAGUGCGAACGCUAAAGCUGUGGACCUCUCUGUUGCCAAACACAAAACACUACAGUGAAACACUACUUUAAAUUUAGAACUCGCUGCUGUUUAGCUGAUAUACCUACAACUCAUUAUUCUGCAUUAAUCAAGAACUCUCAGGUGCAAGAUUUGCCUCAAAUGUUUUCUUGUAUUCGUGUUCAGCUUUUAAAACCAAACAGAGUUCCAAGCUAUCUGAAUCCGUUAAGACUAUUUUUCUGAAUUAUUUUGCAACACACUACCUCAUUCCCAUACAGGUGUUAAAUACGUACCCUGUAUAACUACCUCACGAAUGUGACACUUGAUCACAAAAGUUGUCCAUCUAAGCUAGUAAUAAUGCAGCACUGGGAGAAUAUGCUUGUAUGAAUUUUGCACUGGAGUGACAUUUCAUACUUGUUGACAGCAGAUGUAAUAAAACAAAAGAAUGAAGUAGAACCGUUAUUUGGGACAUUUUAUGGGGAAUCUGCAUGUAUAUUUUUCUACAGGACACUGUAGCACAAUAUUGAGAGUUUUCUUACAGAAAUGCUUAAGGUUUUGAACAUUUUAAUAUGAAAUUGUCAUGUCUGAAUACUUUGAUUCAGCAAAUUUGACAUGUAUGUCAGAACAACAUGAACUGUUUGCCUGGACGCAUUGUUUUACUUGAGGUUUAGCUCUCCCAUGUCUGUAGGGCUUCUAAAUACUUGAAUAGAGACGCACUAACUAGAGUAUUUGUAUUAACUUGUCAAAAUGUUCUCACUUCUGUACUGGAAGCCAGUUGUUUUAAUGCCAGGAGAUAUUUCUUUAGUUUU